AGUGCGAUCCCUGCGCGACAGGUUUGAUGAGAAACCUCGUCUGCGAAACCUCCAACUCACUCACCGGAUAUUUAUUCACCUGUACGACGUUUUUACCUGGCCGCCGGACGCCGCGUCACAGUUUCGGAGGACUUGAGCUAUCAAUACAAUUCAAAAGGGAGUUUUGACACUAGAUUGUAAACCAACUCCAAAGGAACGCGCUGAAUACAGCGACGCACUUUACCAUUAAGUUUCUGCGCUCGUCCAUUAAAGGAAACCAGAGGAACCACAUAGCAGUAUUUAUCUCCAUCUGACUAUCUUGGUUUAUUUUUUUUGCGACUCUGAGCUGAUUGAGUUUAACAAGCGGAAAACCGACAAAUAGGUGGACUGUCCACCCUUCCCUCCGAUGAACAUGUCAGGACUGUUAAGCGCACUCAUUCUCCUAAUUAUUCAAGGAGCGUUGGCUCAGCGCGUGAGGGUGGAGCCAGAAGUCGUGUCAUAUCCUGGUCAGGCAGUGACACUGCGAUGCCAGUUUCCGAACCCAGGCGAAACCCAGCUCACUCAGGUGUCAUGGAUCUUUGAACGGACUGACACAGAGCGAACCAACAUUGCAGUUUUCCAUCCAAGCUUUGGGGUAAAUUACCCAACAAAAUCCCCUGUAGCAGGACGUGUCAGAUUUAUAUUAGAUCCGCCCACUUUGGACAACCCAUCCAUUCAGAUCAGCAAUGUGAAGAUGACCGAUGAGGGCCGAUAUAUCUGUGAAUAUGCCACCUACCCCUCUGGCAACGAACAGGGCGUCUCUUCGCUGGUCAUGCUGGCUAAACCGAAGAACAUAGCUACAACUGUCACAGUUACCGCCGGCAAAACCCCAGUCAUCGUGGCACGCUGUGAAUCAUCCAAUGGCCGUCCUGCAGCGACCAUUUCUUGGUCCACAACGCUUAACGGAAACGUGACGACGCCGAUCACAACGGACAAUCCGGAUAAUACGGUCAGCGUCCAGAGUGCCUACAUGCUGGCUCCGCAACCGUCGGAUAAUGGCAAAGACAUCAGCUGCGUGGUGUCACACCGUACCAUGCCCCAACCCGAGACCUUCCCAAUGAAACUUGUUGUUGAAUAUCCUCCCCGGGUGCAGAUCAAAGGGUAUGAUAACUGGUACAGGGGUCAGACAAGUGCAUUUUUGACCUGUCAGGCAGAUGGAAACCCCGUCCCCACCACCGUCACCUGGAAAACUUUGUCUGGACUGAUGCCUGAAACGGUGCAGGUGCAGGAAAACCGGCUCGCUGUGCAGAAAGUGGAUGACGCCAUCAACACCACCUUCAUCUGUGAGGUCAGAAACAGUUUGGGAUACGGCAGAGAUCAGGUCACCGUCUUCGUGAGGGAACAACCACCUCCCCCCUCAAACGCGGGUGUGAUCGCAGGCGUGAUCUUCGCGUGUAUUCUGGCCGUCAUACUGUUAGGUGUCCUCAUCUACUUCCUGGUAUUCCAUAAUCGCCGCCAACAGCAUGGUUACCGUGGCACCGGCAAGCCAGCCGGUGCUCCCUACGACUCCUUUACCCGCCUCUUUGGAUCUGCCAAAUCAAGCAAAAACGGCACCGGAAACAACGGAAACAACAACACGCCCAUUUACAGAGGAGAGGUGGGGCUUAACGAGAAAACGACCAAUCAGGGCAUGCACCCGGGGGGCGUGGCUUUGCUCGAGACCACACACACUCACACAGCGGAGGAUAUCCUGCUUAGUAGAGAGAUGGACGAGGUAGAAAGGAAGAAAUUCGAUGAAUUGGAAGAAGAAGAUGAGCGAUAUGAUCAUUUUGGUGGGGGCGGACCCAUCCUUCAGCUCCGCCCACACGUUGAUGACCUAGAUGAUGACAUGGAGUCCCAGAGGGACGGCUCCGUGAUUUCUCGGACUGCAGUCUAUGUGUAAGAGGAGAGCAGAAAGAGGUUCUAGGAGGGUGUUCGUGGACCUCUUCCAGAAGGAUUGAAUUUCUUCCUCUUAACGAAUAUUCAUUUUAUUGUGAAAACAAAUUAUGGCAUCAAAUACCAUGAGAGAAGGAUUAAUGGAUGGAUUGAGUUAAUGAAUGGAUGAAUUAAUAUGCUGCAUAUAGCACAGAUUAAAACAUUGAAGGAUCGGAUGAAGUAAAUAGAGACUACUAAUUACAGGACUGUCAGGCUUCCAUUCCUAAUUAUUGCUCUGGUUGUCAUGGUGACACAUUCUGAGUAAUACGAAACUGCAGAUGUUGACACUGCGCGAUAUAUAUGACAUGCACACACAUGAAGUUAUAUAUGUAAAUCCACUGUGCUGUUGUGUAAUAGUUUUAACUUGUUCUUAUUUACUAUCGAUCAUGGUUUCACACUUAAACCGGUUUCAAACUAUGAACUGAGUUUGGGUAGAGCACAUUCCUCAGCCCUACAUCUCUGAGGAAGCUGUACCUUGCAUAUUGUGUAGAUUUUGAAGAAGAGUCAAAUGUGCCCAGUGCUUUUGAUCUGUUAUACACUCAGUCAUGUCUAAUAUUAGUAACUAGCCACGCCUCUGUGGCCUUCCUUCCUGUAAAUUCAUCCUCACAUGCUCAUCUGUCUCGAGAUGACGUGCACAGUUCACUCAUUAUACAGCACUCAGUAUCUCAAUCCCGUGACAUGACUCACCAGUGAAUCAUUCGGUUUUUCGGGGCUAAUCAAAUCAAAUCAAACAUUAGUAAAUGGUGUGUUCGUUCUCACCCACAAUCCAUUUAGUCAGGAAAAGAUGAGUUCAAGGCAGCGCUUUUUACCGAUUUCCUUGUACAAUUUCCUUAUGCAUUCAGUCGUAAAACAGUGUAGCAGAGCGCUGUAGCAAAAAAAAAA